AUGAGUUAUCUCCAUCUGAUGUUUUUCUUCAGCAAUCCAGUCGCCAGGAUUUUAAUUGAGAUUCCAGCUACAGCCGCUCUGUUGUUUCUCUCCUCCAUUGCCAGCGAGCUUCACUCAUACGAUGCACUGUCAGGUGGAAGUCUCAGUGUCCGAACACGAGGCCUCAACAAAAGGCCAAGGCUAAUAUAUUGGCGCAUUUAUUUCCUGAUUUUUGAAUACCAUGACACACCAAAUCAACGCCAAUUUCAAUGCCGGAGCGUUUGUGCUGUGGGUGCCCCACGACUGCUCGCAAUGGCAACGAGGAAAGAAGGGAUAUCAUGGUUGAGGGGUAAUCACUCAGCUGGCUGGACAGUACGGCUUGGUAAAGCCAUCACCACCCUUGGCAACCGUCGAGCUGAGCCUUGCCACCAAUAG